CGUCACUUCCGGCCGCCCGUCCUUUCCGCGCUACUCGGCCCGGGCUCCAUACGGCGUUGUUCUGGAUUCCCAUCGUAACUUCCAAGGGAAACUAACACGAUGUCCGGAGCCCUGGAUGUCCUGCAGAUGAAGGAGGAGGACGUGCUCAAGUUCCUGGCGGCGGGCACGCACCUGGGCGCCACCAACCUGGACUUCCAGAUGGAGCAGUACAUCUACAAGAGGAAGACCGACGGCAUCUACAUCAUUAACCUGAAGCGGACGUGGGAGAAGCUGCUGCUGGCCGCCCGCGCCAUUGUGGCCAUCGAGAACCCCGCGGACGUGAGCGUCAUCUCCUCCCGCAACACCGGACAGCGCGCGGUGCUGAAGUUUGCGGCGGCCACUGGCGCCACCCCGAUCGCCGGCCGCUUCACCCCCGGAACCUUCACCAACCAGAUCCAGGCGGCCUUCCGCGAGCCCCGCCUGCUGGUGGUGACGGACCCCCGGGCGGACCACCAGCCGCUCACGGAGGCGUCCUACGUCAACCUGCCCACCAUCGCGCUGUGCAACACCGACUCCCCACUGCGCUACGUGGACAUCGCCAUCCCGUGCAACAACAAGGGGGCGCACUCAGUGGGUCUCAUGUGGUGGAUGCUGGCCCGGGAAGUCCUGCGCAUGCGCGGCACCAUCUCCCGCGAGCACCCAUGGGAGGUCAUGCCGGACCUCUAUUUCUACCGGGACCCCGAGGAGAUCGAGAAGGAGGAGCAGGCCGCGGCCGAGAAGGCUGUCACCAAGGAGGAGUUCCAGGGCGAGUGGACCGCACCUGCGCCCGAGUUCACAGCCACGCAGCCCGAGGUGGCCGACUGGUCCGAGGGGGUGCAGGUGCCCUCCGUGCCCAUCCAGCAGUUCCCCACCGAGGAUUGGAGCGCCCAGCCCGCCACAGAAGAUUGGUCAGCAGCACCCACGGCCCAGGCCACGGAGUGGGUAGGGACCACUCCCGAGUGGUCCUGAACGCGCUGCUUGCGCACUUGGGGAAGGUGAAGAGAAAGGAGAUGCAAAAUAAAUACGGAUUUCUAA